CUGUAUGUAUGUAUGUAUGUAUGUAUGUAUGUAUGUAUGUAUGUAUGUAUGUAUGUAUAUAUGUCUAUGUCUCGGAACGGUAUGUCUGUCUCCCUCAUUAACGCUCUCCUUGUCUUCAGAUGGGAUGGUGGGUCAGGUGUCCCCAGAGGCUUUGUUCUCCAGACUACAGACAGAGGGCAGCAAAACAGAGGCAGAGUCGGAGGCUCUAGCCGAUGAGUUUCUGGAGGGCUCUCUGCCAUUGGACCCCUUCCUUGAUCGCUUCCUCUCCCUGCGAUCCCUCGCUCACAAAAGACGGGUGCGGAUAGAGAAACUCCAGGAGAUCCUACGACAGAGGAGCGAGGGCAAUCCCAACACCAUGACACCAUCAGCAGGCAUCAGCCAAGACCCCGCUGCCACCCCCUCACCAUGGAAUCAACAGACAACAACGGCAACGGCGACAAAUCCGCAGCAGCCAAACUCCACAGCUCAGUCCUCCAGCUACCAAAACCCCUCGCAGCCGACCACCUCGUCGGCAGGGGGCCCCUCCGGUCUCCCCUAUAGCCCGUACCCCGUCUCCCCACCCAACCACCCUGCAGCGGCAGCAGGCUCCGGCCCGGCCAACACCCCGUCACAGUUCCCUCCGUACCCAGGUCCCGGCUCACCUUUCACCCCAGCAGGGAGCUACUCCGGCCCCAGGCCCGCUUUCGGGCCUCCGGCUUCAUCCGCCUGCCCUUACCCGACCCCGCCCUCCUUCCCUGCCCCACACCCGGGCUCAGCAUUCGGCCAGUACACCCCGAGCCACCCCCAGAGUGGCCCCGCGCCCUACCCGGCCUCCUACAGCUACGGCGGCUACAGCUACCCAGCCGGGCCCGCGUAUUCCAAUUCUCAGUCGCCAAAAGGGAGACCCAUCUACAGACCAGGAUAUGGAGUUCCACAGCCGUACUCAUGAAAGCACUACUGCUCCUCCGUCUCAAUUCUUCCUCUCAAAUCUUCUCUUCAUUGCUCUCACCUCCCUCCUCCCUUCCUUAACUCCAGUCUCCCCCAUCCUAUAUCCCUCUCCUCCUCUCGUCUUUUUCUGCCCUCCCUCUUUCUUUCUACCAUACUGAGGUCUCUCGCUUUACUUAUCUUUGUUGCACUAUUUCUCUCUUUCUCUAAAUAUCGGUCUGAUGAUCUCUCCCUCUUUCUCUCUUUCCUUUUCCCUGUCUCUGUCACCCUACGACCCACCAACUCCCCAACACUAGUCUCAGGUUGUUGUGUUUAAGUGUUAAAACACUUGUAUCUGGCCCUUCAUACCCUCACUCUCCUCCCCAUCUCCAUCGCACCUACCCUCCUCCUCUUCCAUUUCUUGUGUGUGUGUGUGUGUGUGUGUGUGUGUGUGUGUGUGUGU